AUGGACGCCUCCUACAAAAAAAGACACCGCAUCCCGGCGUCGUGCCUGGUUUGCCGCAAGAGAAAGUCCAAAUGCGAUCGAACCCGUCCAGUGUGUGGAACAUGUAAGAAAAAGCUGAUUGCACAUCUUUGUAACUACGAGGACGAUGCACUGCUUCCAGCAAAUAAUAAUACCACGUACUUGCCCGUGGCUGCUUCUCCUCGACCGUCCAUCCAGUAUGGCCAACCUGCCAUGAAUCCGUCUCCACAUAUGGCCCAUCCUUCAUUUGUUCCACCGCCCCAUGGCCAUCCCCACGGGGCUCCUCCUCCCAAUGGCUCACAUGGCCAGAUGCUUCCACUGCCUGGAAUCUGGUCUGCAACCAAGCCUCAGUACUUUGACAUGCCUCAUGGCCAAAUUUCCCUGACACACAACCUGUUACUUGCGGGCCACUCCCAGUCGCCGCAACUACAGCACCCACAACAUCUUCCUCAACAUUCACUACAGAAUCCUCACCAGAACUCCCAUCCGAGUCCACUCCAUGCUAAUGCGCAGAAUCGUCAGAGUUUUCUGGCCUCUCACCAGGCCAUGCCAGGGUUUCAAGGCAAUCAGCCCCCUCUGCAACACGCACAACAGCCGCAGCAAUCACAACCAGUAUUCCAAUACUACCAACCGCGUGAUUCAGUAUCAUCAGGAUCUUCUCUGAACAGACGGGGGCUGGAGCUGGCUCCGUUAGUGCCCAUGCGUCUGAAACUGAUACUGUCUAUCACAGGACAACCAGUGCUUUCUGAGGAAAAGGAAAACGUCACGCUUCCACAACUAUUGGAACUGCUGGCUUACACUCCCAACCCUCCACAGCAAUUAUCUCCACUGUCUCUCUCUGCUUCCUCAACAAUCAUGACCACAUCGAAUUCCACCAUGCAGCCAACAGGUUCCAAUAUCUUGCCACAAGCCCCUAUGAUGACUUCGAGCGAACUGUCCCCUGCCGGUACCAUUUCGCUGGCAUCAUCAGUGCCUUUACCUCCGCGUAUGCUGAAAAGCAUGGGUCUGCAAACCAGUUCGUUGGAUGAUGUAGUUUUCCGUCCGCCUCAAAAGCGUACCUUUGAACAAGUGGACGAAGGAAAGAGAUUAAAAUUCGUGACCGUAUCUAUUGGCUCUAACAUGCUUCAGAUUGAUGCAGAUGACAGGAUGGAGUCGUUCUCUGGUGCAUCUCACUCAUUAAUGGUUGAAGGAUCAUAUUGGCAGCAACAAGGCCCGAUUUCUUAUGUCGGAUUGGUGAAGAGCGAUCCAUAUAUCAAGUUGGUCCGGAGUUUCACCUUGGAGUUGUUCAAAAGUGAACAGUUUUCACAGUUUGUCCUGGCAAAACGACGCAGACAAGCCUUGAUGAAUGGCUCGCCUGCCUCACAGUGUACAAUGACUACGUCUGUAUCUGGUAGCGAGGAUCAGGCCCGAUCAGAACAUUCGGAAUAUUCUGCUCACUUUGAUGAUGGAAAUGCCGACGAUGUCGAUUCCGAAAGCGAAGUCGACAUCGAAACUGAAGGAGGUCUUAUUGUGAAUACGAUUCUGGCAAACCCAAAAAUCGAUAGACAUAUCGACACUCUUCCGGUUCAUUUUCCUACUCUUCGAGGCAUCCAAUCUUUAAAAUCGAUCUAUUCUUCCAAAGACGAGUACUACGCAUUUGUCAAAGUCAGUGUGCUUGAGAUUCUUCCUCGCAAACGCUCCGUUCAUGUGGCUCUCCAAAGAUUUUUUCGUUAUGUUUUGCCGUUUAUAUCGUUCUUGGACGAGAAGACGUUUCUAUCUGAAGUGAAGUUAGUGUUUAACAAUGCUUACGAUGAAGAUUCAAAUGCAUUUUACACUCUGCUUAAGGUGAAGAACGAUAAUCACUUGAACGUUCUUGGUCAACUUUUGUUGAUGAUAAGGUUGGGGUACAUGUCUUUGAUCCCCAACAAUGAAAAUGAUGUGAUUUACACUUCCAGCGAGCAAGAGUUGAUCAGAGAUAUCACGCGGUUCAAAUCCGAUCAGUAUAUCAGUGUUGUGAACCUUUGUAUUCCAGAGGAGAAAAUUCAAACGAAAUCAACCUUCAAGUUUGUUCAAGCCCUAACUUUGUUGCAUUUCUACAGGUCUGUUGCACCUAAUGAUUGCCAUGGAUUGAGUGGAUCAGACUCUCAAUUGCUAUUUGGUGCAAUUGUCAAUCAUGCAUUAUCCAUCGGAUUGAACAGAGAUCCAAUGAAGUUCUCUGAUAUAAAGUUUAUUUCGAAGGAGCCCGCAUUUGUACAACUGUGGAGAACUCUCUGGCAUUACAUCUGCAUCAUGGACUCUUUACAGGCCAUGUACUGUGGAACUACCUUGAACAUUCCAAGUUUGGAUAUCAGCGAUGUUGAAACUCCAGAUAUAUCUUUUCUUCAACCAGAAAACGUCAAAUUUUUUGAGCACAUGCAGACGAUGCUUGAAUCUUAUAGGCGGAUCACUAAUAAGAUCACAAAUUUAAGGACAAAGCCAAAAGUUAUUGAGGUGUUACAAGAAACAAGUUGCUUGGAGAAAUUGUUCUUGGAGAUCUUUGGUACAGACUUCUUCAGGGACUAUGUUUGUAAGCCAGCCUCGGAGCAAAUUGAAGGAGAAGAAUUCGAUCCUCGCAAACAUGAAGACUCGUAUAUGAAAGUCAACCGCUUUAUUUGCUUCAUGCACAUGCGCUCCAAUUUGUCUUGUUUGUAUUACUUGAUUGCUCUACACUAUGAGAAUAAGCUUGAUGAAGACAAGGAUGCAGAAAUCGGAGCUGGAAUUGAAUUGUUUAAGAUUUUCAUCAGAAGUGUCAUCCAGUUGGUGUACAUCAUGUCUUAUGCUUUGGAUAACUCCCAGGAAUUAUUCGGGAGAUGCUAUGAUUAUUUGAUUACUUCGAGGAUAGAGAAGUCCAUGAUCAAGACACACAAUUUUAUCACGUCCUUUUUCAUUCGUCUCGUGAAUUAUAAAAGAUCUUUGGCAGUCGAAGAAGCUAAACGGGAUGGUAAGGAGCCGCAAAACGAAUCGGAAGAUUUCAACUUGAGAUGCGAGGUAGUUGACUCGCUAUUCACUAUUGCAUUGAUCGAAUCAGAAUUGUUUGUUGGAAAUUUCAGAGUCUUGAGUAAGACGUACAUCAACUCAUACAAACUCUAUGUGAUGGCAUAUUUUGUUUUGAAACAGUGUAUGGAGAAUCCUGAGAAACUUUUCGGUACAUCAGGAGACAAGAUGGAGUACUUUCACGAGGGAACAAAUAUGCUUCAGUUCUUAACGAUUCCAGAGCUUCAAAGUCUUUGCAAAUUAUGUGAAGAAUUCCGGGUUGCCAAGUUAGAGCUGAUAAAGAGACAAAAGAUUCAUUCUAAGAUCCAGGCCGACUCCCUGAAGAAGGCUGAGAAACCUGUUACCCCCUUCGACCCUAAGGAUCCUACCAAAGCAAACGAUGUGGACGCACUUGACGCUAUAAUCGGCGGCACAGUGGACAUCGAUUCCACAUUUGAUGUUGGCACAGCCAAUCGGGAGAUGUAUGCCAACGCGAACACUAUCAAUACCUACGGAAUGCUUCAAGAAAAGCAUAUGCACAGCGACUUCCUGAAGGAAGUGCUUGAUGAGCAGUCAAUGAUUGGAACGGAGGAGCUCUUGAAGUUAUUUGAGCUUUACGGAGAUUUGGACACAUUGUAA